GCGCCUGAGGAGGGGGAAACAAAGAGCGGCGGCUGAGGCGGCUGAGGAGCGGCGGCGGCGGCGGCGGCGCUGCAGCAGCGGGCGGGACUGGUAUGGUGGUUCCACAGGGCAGACCCCGCUGCACUCACCGGGAGGAGGAGGCGGCGGCAGCGGCGGAGGAAGGCGGCGCGGCUCGAGAGGCAUGCCCAAAGAAAAAUACGAGCCCCCUGACCCUCGGAGGAUGUAUACAAUUAUGUCCUCUGAGGAAGCAGCAAAUGGAAAGAAAUCACAUUGGGCAGAGCUUGAAAUAAGUGGAAAAGUAAGAAGCUUAAGCUCAUCUUUGUGGUCACUAACUCACUUGACAGCUUUGCAUCUGAGUGACAAUUCCCUGUCCUGUAUUCCUUCAGACAUUGCCAAGCUUCACAAUCUGCUAUAUCUGGACCUGUCCCAUAACCAAAUCCAGAGUUUACCGGCAGAACUCGGAAACAUGGUAUCACUCAGGGAGCUCCAUUUAAAUUACAACCAGUUACGAGUUCUACCUUUUGAGCUGGGAAAACUGUUUCAGUUACAGACUUUAAGCCUGAAAGGAAAUCCACUUACCCAAGAUAUAUUGAACCUCUGUCUGGAGCCAGAUGGAACAAGAAGGCUACUGAACUACUUGCUCGAUAAUUUGUCAGGUACUGCAAAAAGAAUUUCAACAGAACAACCACCUCCAAGAUCGUGGAUCAUGUUACAAGAACCAGACAGAACAAGACCAACGGCCUUGUUUUCUGUCAUGUGCUAUAAUGUUCUUUGUGAUAAAUAUGCGACCCGGCAGUUAUACGGCUACUGUCCGUCAUGGGCGUUAAACUGGGACUACAGGAAAAAGGCCAUUAUUCAAGAAAUCUUGAGCUGCAAUGCUGAUAUUAUCAGUCUUCAGGAGGUCGAAACAGAACAGUAUUACAGUUUUUUUCUGGUAGAACUGAAAGAACGUGGCUAUAAUGGAUUCUUCAGUCCUAAGUCUAGAGCUAGGACGAUGUCGGAACAAGAAAGAAAGCAUGUUGAUGGCUGUGCAAUAUUCUUCAAGACAGAAAAAUUUACUUUGGUUCAGAAACACACUGUUGAAUUUAACCAACUAGCAAUGGCGAAUUCAGAAGGGUCUGAAGCUAUGCUGAACAGAGUCAUGACAAAAGAUAACAUUGGAGUUGCUGUACUGCUAGAACUUCGAAAGGAAUUAAUUGAAAUGUCAUCUGGAAAACCACAUCUGGGAACAGAAAAACAACUUAUUCUUGUGGCUAAUGCUCAUAUGCAUUGGGACCCUGAAUAUUCAGAUGUGAAGUUGGUACAAACUAUGAUGUUCCUCUCCGAAGUGAAGAAUAUUAUUGAUAAAGCCUCUCGGAACCUCAAAUCCAGUGUAUUGGGAGAAUGUGGAACUAUUCCGCUUGUAUUAUGUGCAGAUCUGAAUUCUUUGCCAGACUCUGGUGUUGUAGAGUAUUUGAGCACUGGUGGGGUAGAGACAAAUCAUAAAGACUUUAAGGAACUGAGGUACAAUGAAAGUCUUACAAACUUCAGCUGUAACGGGAAGAAUGGUAUGACCAAUGGAAGGAUCACUCAUGGUUUCAAGUUAAAGAGUGCCUAUGAGAAUGGCCUGAUGCCUUACACGAAUUACACAUUUGAUUUCAAGGGUAUAAUUGACUACAUCUUCUAUUCUAAACCUCAGCUGAAUACUUUGGCCAUCCUGGGACCUCUGGACCACCAUUGGCUAGUUGAAAAUAAUAUCAGCGGCUGCCCACAUCCACUUAUUCCCUCCGACCACUUCUCACUUUUUGCACAAUUGGAGCUCUUACUGCCUUUCCUGCCCCAAGUUAAUGGCAUUCACCUUCCUGGCAGGAGGUAGUCAAGUACUUUCAGAAGACCUCAGAUUUACUUGUAAACUCAUGAAAAUCUGAAUAUAGGGGAGUGAGGUAUGGCCAAUAGGGAUUUUUCUCAAUGAUCAUUUGAAUUUUCAGUCUGAUUAUUUGAUAAAGGAUAUAGUAUGAAAGCCAGGUGCUAGCAACAGACAAAUUCUGAGCCCAGUAUGCUUUAUAUACUGCUAGACAGGGACUGGUGUGUUUACACCUAUCUUUUAAUUUGUUACCAGUAAUUUUCCUGUUUCUUCUCUCCAAUGUAUAUUGUCAUGCCUUGAAAUAGGAUUUGUGAGCAGUGUGCUGUUUGCACAGAAAUCACAGCACUGUUGUCUGAGGCCAGUAGUCAUACCCGAGACCACUCUUCCAGACUGUACUCCUUUUUUUUUUUUUCAGACUUGUUUGUAAAAUGAUAGUUUGAAUUUAGUCUUUAUGAUUGUAUAUGAUCCACAGAAGACAUGAUUUAUGAAAUUUUGUACUUAAAAAAAUUGAAAACAGUUGUAAGCUAAGGUUUUUUUGUUUUUGUUUUUUGUUUUGUUUUGUUUUUUUUUAACCUGUGUCCUAUGUUCUGAAAGCCAGCUGGUAACAAAGUUGCAACAGACUUUCUCUGCAGUGAUUUGCACUGUUAGGGUUUUGUUAGCCCUUUUGUACUACUUUAUUUUUAAAUUGAGAACAUUACUCUUUAAAUGUAAGUUUGCUUAGACCUUGGGAUAUUUUCUUGGACCAGAGGCAACUUAUGUAUGAAUUCCUGGAUUUCUAUGGAAACUUCCUACCAGGACAGAUGAGCUGAUCUGUGGGCAGUUGUGGACUGAAUAGGAUAGUUGACAGAUGUACAUUUUGGUAUUUUUAAAUCUUUAACUUUUUAAGUUAAAAAUUUACAGCUGUUUAGGUACAGCUUCUAAGUUCUUCCUGAGACAUUUUCUGUUCUGUCUCCACUGUGCCUGCCUAAAUUUGUUCUCACCAAGCACUGCCUGUGCAUGCAGAGAAAAUCUGUGCAUCUUUUAUAUUUUUUAAAAACUAACAUUUGUGAGACUUUUAUGAAAAUGCUUUUGUAUGAGCUGUGGCUUUUCCUCGUUGUGAAGCGUUGGAUAGCACAUUCUGGAACAUGUUCUUGGGUCCUGGGUCUUUGCUCACAGACCCAAGCACUGCUUCUUGGUGCCAUUGCACCCAGAGUACCACUAUCAUGUGUAUUCCUUAUUUUCUUAUGUUUUAAAAAAUCAUUCCUUUUUUAAAAGAAGAGUAAUUUUCUGUUUAUGAAGCAGUAUAAAUUAGUUGCAUUUUCAAAACAGGUUCCCUAAGACAAUUGUUUGGAUCAUUUUUAAAGUGACUAAGGAAUUAUAAUAUGUCAACCAAGAUGAAAGUUAUACUGUACCCUAUAUUUUGCCCAUAGUGCCAUUAGUAGAUUAGAAAUUAAAGUCACCUUUAACUUUACAAAGUUAACUUGUAUAUGUUCUGUUCUCAGUCAUUGGUUCUCUCAAAAUCAAAUGAAUUCAGAGGGAACUUGUCUGGCUGCUUUUGUUUCAACUGCAGGCAGUGGAGCAGAAGGACGCCGUGUGGCACUAAAAUGAACUGUUGAGUAGUAACAGUUUUAUACAGAGACUGAGCCAUUUUGGAUGACUCAAAAUUUUAUGAGAAAACAUUUAAUUGCUUAUGCUGUUUUUAAGAGGAAAUAAAAUUACAUACUGUUUAAAUAAAUGAAUUUUUUCUUUUUAAGAAA